CAGGUGGUUCAAAACAGCAGCAAGAGCAUCUUAGCCUCAGAGACAGAGACGAGGAGCCUGGAGAUUAAAACACUCAGAGUCCUGGAGACUUUUUCUUAAGCAUCACAUUGUGGCUCGUGGUCUAAUCAGUGUCUCCAUGUCAUCACAGUGCCUGAGCAGCAUCCUAACUAAUGCCAACCUCGCCAUGUAUCAGACUGGCCCCCUCGAGGUCCUGCCGCAGCAGCUCCCCAGCAUCAACAGCCUUCAGAUCAGCAGUUUAGCCUACAGCUCCAGCAUGAGCGGCCAGUGGUACAGGCAGGUCAGCCCGCACUGCUGGACAGCAGAACAUGUUCUGGAAUGGAUCAGCGACCACGUGGAGAGCACCAAGGUUGAUGCAAGCACCCUAAGCCUGGCUCUCUGCAGCAUGGACGGGCCUGCUCUCUGCCAGAUGAGCAGGGAGCAGCUGAUCGGGGUCUUCGGCCCACAGCUCGGCCUCCAACUGCACCAGAGUCUGCAAGAACACAAGACCAAAUAUGAGCUGCACAGCCUGUCAGGACCGGAGCUGAGCGAGACCUGCCAACUGCUGGACCACUUCCUGGACAACCUCAACUAUCCUUUGCUCAGCACCAUUAGAAUUGGCCAAGCUGAAGAAGCCAUUAGCAAGAGGGACUUGGACUACAGGGAUGAUUAUGAACUGACUAGUCUGAGCAUGGGGCCACUGGAGGACCUGUCUGAUAACCAGUCUGACAGCGAGCUCAGCUCCUCCUCCAACAGUGGCAUGUUUGACUUCACAAGUCUCAGCUCACAGGAGUCUGGAGAAUCAGACCCAGAGUUCUCCUACCCUCUGAUUUCAAAGAACCACAUCAAAACGGAAAAAGGAGAGUCUCGACUGAAGCGGCCCCGGGGGAGACCUCCCAAAGUCAGCAGAGAGCACAGCUGCAGCAGUUAUGAGAAUCACAAAAAGAAACAACACGCGCCCCGUGGAACUCACCUAUGGGAGUUCAUCAGGGACAUUCUGAUCCACCCCGAGAGGAACCAGGGCCUGAUGAAGUGGGAGGACCGCCGGGAGGGUGUCUUUAAGUUCCUGAAGUCCGAGGCUGUGGCCCAGAUGUGGGGCCAGAAGAAGAAGAACAGCAGCAUGACGUACGAGAAACUCAGCCGGGCCAUGAGGUAUUACUAUAAAAGAGAGAUCCUCGAGCGAGUCGACGGCCGGAGGCUUGUUUACAAAUUUGGAAAAAACUCCAACGGCUGGAAGAUGGAGGAGAUGGGAAUGGGCAUGUGAGGCCCAAUCGUUGGGCGGUGGCUACAAUCAGAGCAGUUGUUCCAGAUAUAAUAUCUGUGUGGCCUCUCUGAAGAUAAACUGAGUAGCUGCCCUUGAUGUUUAAGACACUCACUUCCUCUCAAAAGGAAGGUGUUGCAGAAAAUGUAAGCCAUCGUUUUUGGCUGUAGUAGGUUUUAUGAACCAAUGUUAAUAUUGUACCUAUUUUGCCUUUCUGAUCUCCAGUGUAAAAACUGUACAUAGUAACGAAAAGUAAUAUCGUUUGGACACUUGUGAGUUUCUGUAAGUCACUAAAUGGUGACAAAAGAACAACAUUCACUCUUCUUUAGUGGUGUAGGACUCACCCUGGUCUGUCACUAUGAAUUGUGUUUAAGCAUAUGGGAGUUGUUGACUAUUUUGAGGCACUAAAAUAUAAUAUCCUUUUUCUGAUAUUACUUUUAUUUUAAAAGGGUGAAUCAUUGGUUUUACAUAUAAAUGUAAAAUCAGUUUUAGAUUCUGAAUGUCAUACUGGUGAAGGACAGAUCAGGAACAGAGAGCACUGGUGAAAUGAAUACAGAAAUGAUAUGCACUACAUGUCUAUUGGUAUCACUUAUUAUAAAGUGUAUUUACACAAUGUAUAAAGCAGGUUCGAUGAAUGAGGGUGACCUAUAAAAACAGUUUGCCAGUCAGUUGCACACUGUCACUGUGUGUAUGUGAUUUAUUAUUGUGUUAAUGUGAGUGAUGAAUUCAUGUCAUAUUGAUUCGUUGUAUUGUGAUUUUUUUUAAUGCUGUACUUAUAAAGAAUGUGAAAAUUGAUAAUUGUGAAUGUCAAACUUACAUGAUACAGUCACCACCCAGAUCACAGGAUUUCUUAAAUAAAACAUCUAUUUUGA